AUGAAUACUGAAAUAUCAAGAGCAGAACUAUUAUAAUGGAUUAAUGACACCUUAAAACUCUCUCUAUAAAAAAUUGAAUAACUGGGAACUGGAGCAGUCUAUUGUUAAUUAAUUGAUGCAGUGCAUCCUGGGAAAGGUAAAUAUAUAAUAUCUCAAUCUAAGUUGCCUUAAAUAAAAUAAAUUGGAAAGCAAAACAAGAAUAUGAAUUUGUCAGCAAUUUUAAAGUUCUCUAAUAAGCAUUCUCUAAAUUAGGAAUUUAAAAACCUAUUGAAAUAGAAAAACUAACGAAAUGCAAAUAUUAGGAUAAUCUAGAGUUUUUAUAAUGGUUAAAGAAAUAUAUGGAUUAACAUGUUGUACCGAAAGAUUAUGAUCCUUAAGCAAAAAGAGGAAAUGCAGAAUUAGAUGAUCAACCAGCAAUUAUUCCUAAAAGAAAUCCAGAAAGAUCAAGAACUAGCAUAAGAAGAGAUACUUUUAAUAGUCCUAAUCAACUCUAAUAUUAAUCAAGCAUUCCUAAAACUAAUUCUUUUGCUCAUAUGGAACCUUAUUAAAAAAAAUAACCAUCCAUGUAAGAUUUACUUAUUCAAAUUGAAACUCUCAAACAAGAAAAAGAUUAUUACUUCUAAAAAUUUAAAGAAUUAGAUUUCUUUAUUGAAGGAGCUUCUCAAUUAACUCAAGAAUAAAUGUAUAAAGGAAUCAAAGAUAUCUUAUAUUUCACUGCUGAUAAAUCAGUUAUUGUCUUACCUAAUGGAGAACUUGAAGUUCAAGGAUUCCCUCCAUCCUCUGAAGAGUAAUCCUCAUCAUAAGAAGUUAUGUAAUAAGAAAUAGAUUUGUGA